AUGGUCGUGGACGACGAGGCCACGCGCUCGCUCACGCAGGUGGCGCGCAUGAGCGAGCUGACGGACUGUGGCGUGUCACUGCUGGAGCGGAUGGAGUUCGAGCGUCAGCCCUUCCCAGAGAUGAAUGCCGUCUACUUCAUCGCCCCCACGGCCGCCAACGUGCGGCGCCUGGCGAGAGACUUCGCGGACCCCGCCAAGCCCAAGUACAACGACGUGUACCUGUACUUCCUGCACCACGCGGGCGAAGACGCUCUAACUGAGCUCAAGAACGCUCCUCCAUCUCUACUACAGAGGCUGAAAGCUUUGCAGGAGGUCAAUGUGGACUUCUUGGCUCUGGAGAAGUGCGCAUUCACCUUCGGCAUGCCCGAGGCCUUCCAUACGCUAUAUUCUCCUGCGGUUAAGAAGAGCGACAGUGAGAACUUGAUGCAGUUGAUCAGCAGCAAGUUGGUGUCAGUUUGUGCGACGCUGGAAGAGUACCCUUAUGUGAGGUACAAGAUUGGACAUGCGCGCAUGGAGACGCUGGCGCAGAUGUUCCAGAACAAGAUGAACGACUACUUGGCACAGAACUCGGCGUUUUCAUACGCACCAAAGAGAGGCACGCUGUUGUUUAUCGACCGCGGGCAGGAUAUGGUAACGCCGCUGAUGCACGAGAGCACAUUUCAGGCCAUGACGUACGAUUUACUGGAAGUGAAGGACGACCAGAUCUCGUACGAGGCGGAAACGAAUGCAGGGACGACAACGAAGACAGCAUUUCUGAAUGAAAACGACAAACAGUGGGUGGAGUUCCGGCACACGCACAUUGCUCAAGUUAGUACCGAGAUUGGCAUGCGAAUGAAUGCACUGUCGGCCUCGAAUGCCGGUACUUCACUGGGGCGGGGGAAGAGCACCGAUCUUCACGCUAUGGCUGCAGGUCUUCGUGAGCUUCCUGAGUACCGAGAGAUGUUGGGGAAGCUGUCGCAGCACUUGUUCUUGGCAGGAAAGGCUAUGGAUAUUUUCACCUCGACGGCUUUGCUGGAUGCUUCCAACAUUGAACAAACCCUGGCCACGGGGGUUGAAGCAUCAGGGAAGAAGCUGAAGCACACCACUAUUGCGAAGCAGCUCGAGGAUUUGUUCAAGGAUCCCAAGCUGACGGAGAAAGACCGCUUCCGAGUUGCAGCGGUAUUCGCACUCACACAGGACUCGAUGAAGGAAGCCGAGCGCAGUAAGGUGAUGCAAUCCGCGAUGCUUUCGAAGAAACAUGAAACUAUUCUCGAAAACAUGGUUUUGGUGGCUGGAACUGAACUGUACAAGCAGAAUGGCAAUUCAUUGCUGUCGAGCGAUGACCUGAAGCUAGCGACGAAAAAAGCUGAAGCGGUGGAGUACUCCAACGCACGCUAUGACCCCAAGAUCAAGGGGGUUGUGACCAAUGCGUUGAAGCGCACGCUAAGUGAGGCCGACUAUCCGUACAUUAUCACACCUCCUCCCCAGAGCCCGACCGCGGAUGACAAAAAAGCUGGACCGGUGUCUUUGAGAAAAAAAAUCACAGGAAAGGGAGGCGCUCAAGACGCUGCACCGGAAAACAAGGUGUUCAGUGGUGAAAAGCUGAUCGUAUUCGUGAGCGGCGGCGCCACGUACUCGGAGCUCCGCGGCAUCUACGAGGUUCGCGCUGAAGAGAAGCGAGAUGUCCUUCUAGGGGCGACAUCCUUAAUAACGCCAACAAUGUUCAUCGAGUCCCUCGCGACGCUCAAGGAUGCCAACCCUGCGCCGCACUCGUCACCCCUCAGCGGGCAAGGCGCAGAGGUGAUGCCCCUAACGAGCGGCGAAAUUCACCUUCAAGUUGAAGCGCAACAGCUGGAAAAGCCGGCCCCAGUGAAGUGA